AUGGUCGCGACUCUGCUAGCCCUUCUGGCGGUUUCUGCUGUGCAAGCCAGCCCAGUGGCUCGCGCCAAUACAUGCAGUGGCGGCUUCACGAAGGUGUCUGCCCAAGAUUGGCUGAAUAAGGCGAACCCGGGCUGGAACCUUGGUAACACGCUAGAUGCUAUCCCAACGGAAGGCUCAUGGAACAACCCACCAGUCGUCGCGAACACCUUCAGCCAGAUUCAAAGUGCCGGCUUUAAGGGUAUGCGCCUGCCCAUCACCUGGACUGAUCACUUCGUAUCUGGCAGCCCGAGCUGGACUGUCAACGCUACCUGGCUGCAGCGUGUAUCAGAUGUGGUUGAUCAGUCUAUCUCACGAGGCUUCCAUACUAUCGUGAAUGUCCACCACGACGCUACCGACUGGGCGGAUGUGACAGCUUCGGGUGCGAAUUACACUGCCAUCGAGGAGAAAUUUUACUCUUUGUGGUACCAGAUCGCCACGAAGCUAGCAUGCAAGUCUUCUCUGCUCGCCUUCGAGCCGAUAAACGAGCCACCGGCCUCGACUCAAGCACAUUAUGACGAGAUAAACAAGCUCAACGCCAUCUUCGUGAAAGCUGUCAAUGAUGCCGGAGGCUUCAACCCCAACAGAGUUCUGACUCUGGUUGGACCUUCGGAGGAUGGUAGUCUGACUUCGCAGUUCUUCAAGAAGCCUUCGAACAUCACGAACCCUUGGGCUAUUCAGUACCACUACUACUCGCCAUAUGACUUCAUCUUCGGAGCGUGGGGCAAGACUAUCUGGGGCUCUGAUGCCGACAAGCAGGCGCUCGAGGCUGACAUCGCCGCCGUCCGUGGCAACUUUACUGGUAUCCCGCUCGUCAUUGGCGAAUGGUCUGCUGCUGGCACAACGACCGAGACCGCAGCCAGGUGGAAAUACUCUGAUUCCUUGAUUAGGACUGCCGCCAAGUAUAACACUGCGACUUUCUGGUGGGACAAUGGUGCAACCGAUUUCGACCGAUCCGUUGGCAAAUUUCGGGAUCCUGUGGUCAAGGACAUCAUCGUUCAGGCAGCACAGGGCAAGACAAACAGCCUGGCUGAUAGCACCGAAGACGGUAACUCGCUUACACAAGUCUCGGAUGCUUUCAUCUACCACACGGCAGCAACAACCACCACAUCUCCGCCACCUCCUAGUGACUUGACAGCCACAUACAUCCUCAAUGGCAACACCGUUUCUUCCGUCCGCUCGCCUACAGGCCAGACUCUCAAUAAAGGCCCCGAUUAUACGGUCAGUGGCAACAACGUCACCUUCAAAGGUCCGCUUGUAGGCAGAUACAUCACACCCAAGACCGCCCUCGGCCCAGUCGCAAACUUCACAGUCAAUUUCUCACAAGGCGCAGCUCUCCAAGUCACUCUUGUAAACCUUGGCAAGAGCGGAUUGGCAAGUAACACUUCCGUCGCCACUACCGCCACUUCCGGCACCGACCUUCGGAUUCCUGUCACCUACAAUACCAUUCACCAAGUCGCGGCGGUGAAAGCUACGCUACCAGAUGGGACAUGUUUGGUCGAUACUUGGACAGUAUAUCUCCCAGCUAUCCAGCAGUGUCGAACCACAUAUGGUAGCCAGUGGGAUUUUGAUGGGGCAAGUGUGACUAUCAAGGCUUCUGCUGUGGCGGCCGUGGUUGCGGCGGGACAGACAACGACUUUCGUGGUGGAGUUCUACCCUAGGAUGCCGGGCAACAACGCUACUUACACGUUGACUGUGUAA